AUGGAUGAGGAGGACGAGAACCACUAUGUCUCAUUGCUCAAGGAUGUCUACAACAGCUAUGACACCACAGGGACAGGCUUCCUGGACCGAGAGGAGCUGACCCAGCUCUGCCUGAAGCUUCACCUCGAGCAGCAGCUGCCUGACCUGCUGCAGAUUCUCUUUGGAGAUGACCUCUUCUCCAGGGUUAACUUUGAGGAAUUUAAGGAAGGGUUUAUUGCCGUGUUGUCAUCAAAUGCUGGUGUCAGCCCCUCGGAUGCAGAAAGUGGUUCUUUGGAAUCAGCCACCUCCCAUGCCGUCCCACCCAAGUAUGUGCGUGGCUCUAAGUGGUACGGCCGCCGGAGCCAGCCCGAGUUGAGGGACUCGGCUGAAGCCACAUGUGGACUGGAGCAGCAAACCAAGGCCAGCCUGAGAAGUCAGCUCCGAAGUUCUGCAUCUCUGGAAAGUGUGGAGAGUCUCAAAUCAGAUGAAGAAGCUGAGAGUGCCAGAGAACCUCAGGAUGAAUUGUUCGGAGCACAAGACCAGCUGCGGUCCUGGGGCUCUGAGAUCUUUGGGAGCCCCCAGAAGUCCAGCAGCCCCUCCUUUGACACCCCCGAAAGUCAGGUCCGGGGCAUCUGGGAAGAGCUGGGAGUGGGCAGCAGCGGCCAUCUGAACGAGCAGGAGCUGGCUGUGGUCUGCCAGAGCAUUGGGCUUCAGGGACUCAGGCAGGAGGAGCUCGAAGACCUGUUUAACAAACUGGAUCAAGACGGAGACGGCAGAGUGAGUCUGCAAGAAUUCCAGCUCGGCCUGUUCAGUCAUGACCCUGCUUCACUUCUGGAAUCUUCCACCUCGGUCAAGCCAGACAGGCCCUGGUCUCAUUUCCAGGUCCCGGAGGAGAGCAGCUGCCUCACCGCCACGCCCUCGUCCCUUGUGUCUGUGUGCUCGGGCCUGCGCCUCCUCUCAGGGAUCGAUGACGGCACUGGCUUUGCUCUGCCCGAGCAGGUCGUCGCUGUGUGGGCCCAGGAGGGGAUCCCGAACGGCCAGGAGAUCUUGAAGAGCCUCGACUUCAGCGUGAACGAGAAGGUGAACCUUUUGGAGCUGACCUGGGCCCUGGACAAUGAACUCAUGAUGGUCGAUGGCAAUAUCCAACAGGCAGCCCUGGCCUGCUACCGCCAGGAGCUGAGCCACCACAAAGGGCAAGUGGAACAGCUGACCAGAGAACGAGACAAGGCGAGGCAGGACCUGGAGAGGGCGGAGAAGAGGAACCUGCAGUUCGUGAAGGAGAUGGAUGACUGCCACUCUGCCCUGGAGCAGCUCACGGAGAAGAAAAUCAGGCACCUGGAGCAGGGCUACAGGGAGAGGCUGAGCCUGCUGCGGUCCGAGGUGGAGAUGGAGCGGGAGCUGUUCUGGGAGCAGGCUUGCAGGCAGAGGGCUGCGUUGGAGCAGGACGUGGAGCGCCUGCAGGCUGAGGAAGCCAGCCUCCGCGAGAAGUUGACCCUGGCCCUGAAGGAAAACAGUCGCCUGCAGAAGGAGAUCGUGGAAGUGGUGGGAAAGCUUUCGGAUUCGGAGAAGCUGGUCCGGAAGCUGCAGAACGACUUGGAGUUUGUGCUGAAGGACAAGCUGGAGCUGCCAAGCCCGGAGCUCGUAGCCCAGGAGGAGCGCUUCGCGGCGGUGCUGAAGGAGUACGAGCUCAAGUGCCUGGACCUGCAGGACUGCAACAACGAGCUACAGGCUGAGCUGGAUGGCCUGCGGGCACAGCUGCCCGAGAGACUGCAUAGACCAGCCUGGGCAGUGACUGGCCGGCCCAGGCUGUCCUUGGGCCUGAGACCUAGCAGCCUUUCCUUCAUGGGUGAAUCCAGUCCAGCGAGCCUGGAGACAGAGAUGGAGAUAGAGCAAAUGAAGGAGCUCAGAACCCAGCUGGAGGCCAAGGUAAAUUACUACGAGAGGGAAAUCGAGGCUGUGAAAAGAAGCUCUGAGAAGGAGAGAAGGGAGAUGGAGCAGGCCCACAGACUCGAGGUCCGGGUGCUGGAGGACCAGAAGGCGGACCUGGAGGUGCUCCACACCAAGUCACAGGAGGUCAUCCGGGGCCUGCGGGAGCAGCUGCAGGACACGACCCGCAGCCCUGAGCCAGUGGGGCCGGGCCGGGCACAGUGCUGCGUCCAGGUGCUCUCGGGCCUGGCCCAGCAGCUGCAGGAGGAGCUGCACCUGCGGCACCAGCGCCAGCUGCAGCAGAUGAGGAGAGAGGUAGAGGUGGAGCUGAGCCACCAGCUAUUGUGGAUGGAAGCCCAGCACGCUGCCCACUGCGAGAGCCUGUCCCUGCAGCACCAGCAGGACAAGGACUUGCUGCUGCAGGAGCACCUGCUGCAGGUGAGCGAGAUGGCAGAGCAGCUGGGCCUGGAGAAGGCACGUGGGGACGAGCGGGAGAAGGAGGUGCUCUCACGCUGUGCGAGGCAGCAGCUGAAGCUGCAGGAGCGGAUCAGUGAAGAACAAGCACAGAUCUGCAGAUCGCUCACCCUCGAGAAGCAGAAACUAGAACUCUCCUACAGGAAGCAAGUGCAAGGGCUGACCCAGGAGGCUGAGGCGCUGCGGGCCCUCCUGGCAGGCACCCACAGCCCUGCACCCCUCUGUCCAGGUGGAGAGGAGCUGGCCGAAGGUGGGCUUGGCCCUGGGCAAGUCAAGUGCGAGGGCAUGCUGGGCCAACCUUGCUGUGUGGACACUGUGCAAAGCCCAGUUUCAGCCCCUACCCCAACGUCCAGAGGACCCUUGGAGAGCCUCAGUCUCAGAGAAAACUGUCUGGGUUUGUUUGACUCAGAGGACAUGGAUUCUGCCCCCUCAGAGAGGUGGUCACAUGGGCACCCAUGUGGGGUGCACAGAGGGACUGCCCCAGAGGUUCCAGUGCCUUCUGCCAGUGGUCCAGGGAGCCUGAGCCAGCCUGCAGGGCCUGAGCUGCUCCUGGGAGUGCAGGCUGACGACAUGUCACCUCAGCCUCAGAACUCGGAGCCACAGUCCAGGUCAGCUGCCUCGGGCAGGGGAGAGGCCAAGAGUCCCAGGGAGCCAGCCCUUGUAAGACAAGGAGAAGCCUGGGAGGAGCAGGCCCACUGUGAGAAUGCUUUGGAGCCUGGGCUGCAGCACCACAGGGAAGCUGCCAGGAGGGGGCCCUCGCUGCCUCACCCCGUGCUCACAGACCCCUGGGGGGCCGAGCAAGAGGCCAAGGCCCAGAUGGCACUGGAGAGAGAGAAGGAAGACAUGAAAACCAAACUGCUGCAUCUGGAAGAUGUCGUCUGGGCUCUGGAGAAAGAAGCAGAUUCGAGGGAGAAUGAAAGAAUUGAGUUUCAUAGGCUUUCAGAAGAAAACGUUUUGUUGAAAACCAAUCUGGAAAGGAUUCAGCAAGAGCUUGCAGCUGCAGAAAGCACAAGUGAUGCGCAGAGGAAGGAUAUGGAGGUUUUGAAGAGAGACAAGGAAAAGGCCUGCUUUGACAUGGAAGCGCUCAGCGAACAGAACCAGAAAUACAAGGAGGAGUUGUCCCAGCUCAACCACAGGGUCCUUCAGUUGGGAGAGGAGGCUUCUGCCCACCAGGCCCAAAAUGAGAAGAAUCAUGAGACCAUUCAGCUGUUAACACAGGACCUGGAGGAGGCCGGGUGCCGGCAGGAGCAGCAGAGCGACCAAAUCCAGAAACUUGAAGUCGAACUUGAACGCCUGAAUCAGGAAUGUCGGAGCCUGAGACUGUCCAAGUCAGAGUUAACACAGACCCUUGAAGAGAGUCGAGACCAGUUACACAGGGCCGAGCAGGAGCUGAGGCUGGCCCAGCCCCGACACUCACAGGAGGUCCAGUGCCUACGGGAGCAGAUGGACCAGCUGGUGCCCCAGGACCGUGUGGCUGAGCUGGAGCGUCUGCUGGGCCUCCAGGAGGAGGCAGCAGGGAGGCGCCUGGAAGCACAGCGGGAAGAGCAUGAAAACCAGCGGAAAGCCUCAGAGGAGCGGGUGGAAGCAGUGGGGGCGCUCCUGAAGAACGUGGAGGUGCUUCUGCAAGAGAAGGCUGCCGACCUGAGAGAGCAGUUUGAAAAGAAUGCAAAGUCCUGUUUGCUGAUCACGGAGCUCUAUGUGGAAAACGGUCACCUGAUGAAGGCGCUGCAGAUCACCGAAGAGAAGCAACGUCACGCUGAGAAAGAAAAUCGCCUCUUGGAAGAAAAAGUCCAUGCUCUCAACAAGCUGGUUGGCAAGAUGGCUGCAGCUUCCCUCUCUGUUUAGACAACUCGUUGCCUGGAAUGUGUCUUAAAGAGCACCUUCUAGAAUCAAGGCAUGGUGGCUGUAGCUCUCAAUGAGCCUGGGUUCACGCCUGCUUGGAUGCAUGAGGACUAGACUCUCUUCGCUACAUAAACAUUUAGCAAAUGUCUGCUAUGUGCCAGAUGCUGGGGAAACAUGCAUGUUGUGAGAGACUUAUUAGGGCCUGGGCUGCUUCCCUACGUGAGUCCCAGGGUGGCUACUCACUGGCAGGUCAGAUCUGGGACUCACAGGAAGGAACGACUAAGAGUCAGAGAAAACCCUCUGCCGUCGCUCUCCAACCUGGGCUGCAGAGGCUGCAAGGCAAACCCAGGCUCUAUGAGUUGUCACUGCUUCGCUGCUGCUGCUAGGGGACUCUGGGUUCAGAGUGCUAGAACUCCUUGUGGGACUGCUUGCACAUUUCAGAAAGGCUUUGCAGGUGUGGAUGGUCUACCCAGUGAUAAAGGAAGGUUCACCCCUAUUUCAGGGCCUGUUCCCCCUGGGCUGUCUGGGCAGGGCUGAUCUCAGGUCUGCGACUCAGGGCUGAGUUUAUUGCAAAGGCAGCCUUUUCCUCAUUGCAAUAUUGUCACACUGGAAAUUGUACUAUAUGUAAGGAAAAAGUAUAGUUUUAUAUCUGAAAUAUACAUAAAUUAUGGCUAUUUGGCUUAUCAGAAUGAACUACUGAAAUAUA